GGCAAAGUUAAAAUUAUCAACGCUUUUUGACUCGUAUUUUUAUAGCUAAAACUCGCACAAUGCCUUCUGAAGUUCGUACGAACAAAUCCAGGUACCCACCAGGAUGGGUCCAAUCAGUUCUGAGAUGUACGUACAAUGAUGGUGGAGAAAUUAGAAAAGGUCUAGACGAGCUCCUCGGGGAGAAGGGCUAUAUCCUCAAACACCGCACAGGAAGAUGGGUGAUCUGGGCGCCUAGGAAGUUGACUACUGUUGAUGAAACCGAACUCGAAAAAUCCGCACACGUACAUUAUCAGAAUUAAUGUUGUUCAAACGGGCCAAGUCCUCCUGUAGGUGGUAGUUAAUUAACUAGACAAGAAGCUGGAUCAAUAACAGGAUUAACUUGAAAUAUGUCAG